AGGACAGAAGUGGAACGAAGGCCUAAUGAAAAGGCAUGACAACACCUCAGCCGGCCUAAGGGCAAAAGGUGCUGACAGAGGGACAGAGACACGAGCAGUGAUUUGUCAGGGAGGUUGUUGGAGAGGCAGAGGAAGGCGAUGGACCAGACACAGACAUCGGAGACAGUAUGAUUGAUACAUUGUGUAAAACCCAGCUUGUGGUGCCAGAUCUCCAAGCCCACAAUUCUAUCGGCAAACACCAUAAAUGCUUGACGUGUCUUUCUUUUGUUUGUUUGUGAUGGCCUGCAUUGGGAGGGGGACGUGAAUUGGAGUUAAUUUGUGGUGAAUCGGAGUCUUGAACUGGAGAGGCCAGGGGUGAAAACCCCACUCAGCAUGAAGCUCAGAAGAUGACCUCUUAGGACCAGCUAGCUCAUACGUUUGUGGGAUGGGUAACAUAGGAUGAAUUCCCAUGUGUGCCCCCCUGAGCUUUUUGAAGGGAAAGUAGGCUACAUCAGUGAUGGCCUUUUGGCCACCAGGGUGGAAGUGAAGUGCUGGCCAAGCAUCACUGAAUAUCAGCUGCUGAGUCCUGUUGAAGAAAUGUGGGGGCCUGGACUCAGUGCCGGUUGCCAUAGUGCUUUGGCCCAGAGAGGCUCAGUGUCACAAAGGGCUGUGUGAACUGAAAUGCUGGAUGCUGGGAGUUGGUUGCUCUGUGGGUUGUAGGAGUGGCGUCGGGUUAGAAGUGAGAGUAGUGCUAGCUUGGCUAGUUUUUUCUUGAGAUAUGUCUUCUAGUGCAUACACUGAGUCUGAUGAAUUUGAUGAGGACCUCAUGUCCGCUAGCAGCAUGGGAGAAGAAGAGGCGGCUGCUCUUAUGAGAGACCUGGAGCAGUCCGUCAGUUUUUCCAUAGGUAUCCUCCCAGAAGGUUUGAGCGAGGAAAAGCUGGUAAUUGAACUCGCUUCUGUCCUCCUCGGCCUGACAAGUGAAGACCCAGAGAUCAAAUUGAAGGCUCUCCAGAACUUCUUCAGGAACCUCACAGGGGUCAAGGCUGAUACAACUGCACAGCUGCCUGAUGAGCUAACUGGGCGUUUGGUGGCAAUGACUUGCCUCUGUGCAUUAGAGGACAACAAAGAGAUCAGGCAGAUGGCGGCAGAAGACUUGUGCGAGCUCCUGCCCAUCCUGCGUCGUGGCGAACAGAGGCUGAUGUAUACACCUUGGGGCAAGGACAUGGUGAAACGAGCUCUCUCUGUCCUGGGACCAACUACUGAACCCAACCCUUCUUUCUUCAGUGGCAACUGCUACAACCUUGCAAUGGUCUUCAGUGCAUUCCUCUCCUCUGAGCAGCUCCUGGAGGUCAUGCACUUCUUGGGAGGGGAUCUGACCACUGAAGGCUCAUUUGACCUCGUAAACAUAUUCCACCUGCUGCGCGAGUUCAUAAAGCAGUUCAGCAGCAAGUCGAUGUGGUUGGAGGAACUUCUGGACCAAUUGUUCAUCCGGUUGAAGGACAGAGUCCCACAUGGACAAGACGUAGCCUUGCUAGCCUUCCCCAUCUUGGCAGUAGAUCAUCUUGAGGAGGUGGUGCUAUACCUCCUCAAACACCCUUUCAGCAAGUGCCAGGAGUACUGGCAGGCAAUAUUCAAUGCUGCUGACCACAGCCAGAUACUUGUUGAGGUGGCAAAAUGGAUGCCGGAGUGCAGCAGAGUUGCGACUCGUGCAGUCCGGGUCCUUAACUUAUUCCUUAAGUCUAAUGACAAGCAAGCCAUGAAGGAGAGGUUUCCACACCUCUUACUUGCUCUGCUGCAACAUAUCUAUGCACGGCUGGAGGAGAAUCUGGGUGUGAUAGAGAGCCUGGAAACUCUGUACCUCCUCCUUAGAACUGUUGGCAUAGAGGAGGAGAGUCUGGGGGAAUACCUGGAGCACUUUGGCAGGCCAGAAGGCUUCAGCUAUGGACUGUCCAUUUUGGUGAGCAUACUCAUCGCUAAAGGUUCCUGGUCAACCCCAGCUUUGGCACAUUAUAUUGGAGCUCUUUUUGAAGGCAAACAAAAAACUCGCCUGCUUGAAAUAGCACUGGACAUCUACCUUGAGCUGUUCAUAAACCAGCACAUCGUGGAGGCCAACCAGGAGACGGUGGAUUUCAUCUUCAACUGUCUUGGACAUGACAACGCUCAAGUACGGAAGCUAAGCCUCCAGGGGAUCGCUCUUCUGCUCAAUUCAGAAGUGGACCCUUGGACUAUAUCGGUGGCUCUCUUAAGCUCACUGGGAAUGGCAUGCAAGCCAGAUGUCAUUCCCGAGCUAAUGAUGCUGGUGGAAAUUGCCCUCCACAGUGUCAGUGGAGAGAGAGGAGAGGCCUAUAUGAGGGAGCUGGCAUCCGUCUACUGUGGCUACAUUGCCCACGAGAAAGCCAUGGUUCGAGCAGCAGCCAUUGAACAUCUUGGGAUGCUUCGGGCCAGGUUUGGGGAGCAAUGGCCUCCAUGUAUACCUGAGGAAGGCCUGUAUGAGCUUGUGAAUGUUUUGAUUCACUUGGAGGAUGAGGAUGAGGUGGCUGAGGCAACAAAGGCCACUCUGAAACAGCUGGUCCCAGAGGUGAGGUGGCGGGUAGACCCCAAAACCUAUAGCCUCCAUCGUGUGCUCCAUCAGGCGGCCAAAUAUGUGACAAAAAAGUACAAGAAGGAUCUGGUGCGUGGUGCUGCCUUCAGCUGCAUGCUUCCUUCCUCCAACAAUCUGCCAGCAGUCUCAAGGGUGGCAGCACUCUUUGUCGGACACCUUGCUCACAAGGAUGCAACCUUCAUCACGUUGGAGGAUAUGGGCUCUUACUGUACAUGGCUUGAAGGGAUGGCCGAGCAUAAUGAUGAAGAGGUGCGGCGUGCAGGAGAAAGCACCAUUUGUGUCAUGCAAAAAGCCGUUAAUGACCAUACUAAAGGGAGAGUCCACACACUAAAGAAAAGGUUUAUCCGGCAUGUGAAAAAAGAAAGAUGCCCCAAAGACUUCAAACACUCAGUGCCUGCUCGAAAAUCAUCAAAGUCAUCAUCCAAAGCUGUAAAAUCCAAAGCUGUAAGAGUGAUUUCGGAGGAGGAUGGCAGUGGGGUAGACAAUGCAGUGACAACAGUAGCUACCACAACUAUCACAACUUCUACUACAAGUCAACCUUCUAGUACAACAAGGCAGCCUUCUACUACAACCACGACAAAGCAGGCUUCUACUACAGUUACAAGGAAACAGCCUUCUACUACAACCACAGUGAAGAAACCUUCCACCACAACAAGGCAGUCUUCUACUAUGACCACCAUAAAGCAAACUCCUACUACAACCAAAGCUGUGGCAACUCCUAGUAUGACUGCAAUGCAGCUGCCUUCUACUGCUGUUACAACGUCAGCUUCUACUAUGACUACAACAAGGCUGCCUUCAACUAUGACCACAACAAGAGAGCCUUCUACAACUGCAAAUCAACCUGACACGGAGCGUACAACCAAAGGAAAUAAAAGUAUUGAAUCAACUUCUUUGAAGACCAUAUUAUCCAAACCCCUUCUCCCCAAUCCAAAAAAGUAACCACAUCCUUCAGCAUUACUACCACAAAACCAUUGAGGCCAAAUACUAGCUUGCCACCUCACACUUCUUCAAGUAUUAGUAAUAUACUGACUUCUACUGUGGCUAAAGUCACAGGUAUGGCUGCUAUGAAAACCACAACUACUCCAGCUAAAGGGACAACAACAAUAUCCAAAAGAGACACUACUACUGUAGCUAUGGAAGCAACUUCAACAGCCGACAGAGACACAACCAAUGCAAACAGCCAGGCUGUAACAAGAAUGGAAAAAAGUGAAGCAACAAAUGAAAUUGAUAAAAGCGAUAUCACAGCUGCAAAUAAAGAGACUACAAUAAUAGACACUAAAGACACAAAUAGUAAUUUAGGCACUGCAAGUCCAAUACAGACAGCAGAUAUUACAACUACAGGGACUCUAAUAACUGAUAAAUCCGAUGCAACUGCAGAUUCCAAAGAAGCAACCACUGCAGAUAAGGAAACAACAUCUGUGGAAAGAAGAGAAUCAACAGCCAUUAAUCAGGAGCCAGGUAUGGAUGAUAAAAAAGACAGUAGUACUGUUGAUGCCACAGUCAUCACUUCAGCUGAUAGAGAAAAGGCAACUACACCUCUCACAGAUACAACUACAAGUAUUGAGAAAGAGAUUAAAGAGUCAACCGCAGAGCAUAAUCAAGAGACAGAAAACUCUAAAGAGAGAUCUGUUACCAGAAUCAAAGAAAAAAAUGACAGUUGGUGAAAUGG